AUGUCGGACUCGGAUAGCCAAAACGCAUCGAUCGCGGAUUACGACGAAGAGGUCGAGCACCUCAGCGACGAGGAGGUGGACAUCAUGUCCUACUCCCCCGAAGCUAUCAGCCGACCGGGUCCUUCUCCCGAGCGGGCCGCCGCACAACACACGUCGUCCAGCUCAUCCGGGUCGUCGAGCUCCAGCUCAAGCGGAUCGGGGAGCUCCGACGAGGAAGAAGAAGGAACCACGUCGGGGAGACAAGGAUCCCCGACCGAAGGCGUUAGGGAAACGCCCACUCGGGUGGUUGGGGACCACCCGAGUCCGGCCCCUGAGCCGACUGAAGAGGACACGGCCGGGCCAGCCGCCCCAGCCGUCGCGGAGUUCGAGUUCUUGAACAGCGAGAACGUCGAACAGCAAAUGAGCCUGCUUACCAAGGGCGAGGCGGCUAGGAUCGCCGAAAGGUUCAUCAACAGACAGACUGACACUGAAGAUCUGAUAAAGGAAGAUGUUUCCAAAAUGCUGAACGCGGUUUAA